AUGGUUGAGUUUGCCUUGCCAUUCAUCAACAUCCGAUUCUUCCCACGCUGGCAUCUUUUCUGGAACAUCAUCGUAGACUUCUUUGAGGACGCCCUGGGUCCAGCUGCGCAAUCGAGAAUGAAGGAGCUUCUUGAGUGGUGGACCAGAAAAGUUUUUGGCAGAAACCAUCGACAGGACUUGAUGCUGGACGUUGUCUCCAAAAUGUCCGUCAGUGCUCUCGCCACUCAGAGACAACAGAUGGAAGACUCCGCAUUUGACUCUGAUUAG